AUGUUCCGCAAACGACCCCGGGUAAGUAAAUCUCAAGAAACCUCUUUAGGCCUGCCUCCGACAGAAACCGUUGUUGCUGCGCACUCAAUUGAAUUCGCCACACAGCAUUUUGAACCGGUAUCCCGGUCGUCUACCGGGGAAACAAUUGUGCAAUCGCAGCAAGGAGUUCAAAUUGGCUCUUUUGAGGCAAAUUCAACACAAUGCUUACGCCGUUUACAGGUCAAUGUGACCUCUGCUGGGGAUGAUGAUCCUCCCGAACAAGAAGCUGGCAGCAAGGGGCCAUCUGGGGACCCCACUCCCGCCACCACUACCAACAGUCCACGUUCUCAGACCUGGUACAGUUGGGCAUUGUCACGGAAAUCAAACGACUCUCAAAUUGAGCCCCAAAGUGAGUCGAACGAGUCGUCGCAAGCCCCUGAAGAUAUCGUUAAAGGCAAAGACACAGAGGGCAGUUCCUGGGCAUUUUGGUCAAAAAGAAAUUAUACAGGAAACCAAGAUGAAGGAGAGUUGGCAAUUACUGGAACAGAUAGCGCCCAGCACCCUAAACAUGCCACUGUUGUCGAACACAAGCCCCUAAAGUCGUCGAAAAAGUCUCGGCCAAGUUUGGUGAUCCCCCCCUACGUUUCGAGCUUGGAGUGGCAAAGUCCAAAAAACCGAAUAUUCUCUUCGCUGGCAAGAUGGGGGUUGGGGCCGCAUCAGCAGAAAGUGUAUCGUACCAAGCCCCCUGCAGUCAAACGUGUAGUGGUGGUCGGUGUCCAUGGAUACUUUCCAGCCCGCAUGACCCGAGCGAUUCUUGGUGAACCGACUGGCACUUCUAUCAAAUUUGCACACGAAGCCGCUGCUGAGCUCGAAUUGUGGGCUGCAGAGCACAAUUACCAACUGGAAAUUGAGAAAAUUGCAUUAGAAGGUGAGGGCAAAAUCGAUCAUCGGGUAUCGUCGCUCUAUCUUUUGCUUUUAAACUGGCAAGAUCAUCUCCAAAAUGCAGACCUUGUGUUCUUUGCAGCACAUUCUCAGGGCACUGUGGUUACAACGCACUUGAUUGCCAGACUAUUUACUGAUAAGUUGUUGAAACCAAACCAAAGAGUUGGGUUCUUGGGCAUGGCAGGCACAUGCUUGGGACCCGUACCUGGUAUGGAUCAAACCCUAGUCGGUAAAGCCAUCACUCGAAUUGAAAAUGAUAGUCUCCAAGAGCUGUUCCAGUUACAAAAUCCGCACUCAACGUUGAGUAAAGCAUUCAUGGCUUCUUUAAGCAGUAUUCUCAGUCAAGGUGUCAAAAUCACUCUGGUAGGCGCAACAGAUGAUCAGCUUGUGCCGUUAUUCUCGGCACUGUGUACCAGCGUCAGCCAUCCAAACUUACUGAGAGGCGCUUACCUCGAUGGAGAGGACGUUGCUCCCGAAGUUAUUGCACCACUCCUUGAGCUAGCAAUUAUGGCUUUAAAUCGUGGCCAGUCAGAUGCCGGUGUCAUUGUAGAGUUGUCAAGUGCUUUAUCAGGCGCUCUGACAGGCAAGGGCCAUUCAAAGCUCUACUCAAACAAUCUUGUCUACCGAUUGGGUAUCGAAGCAACUCUAGAAACGUCCACCUGCACAGCCGUGCCUCCAGUCAUCGACGAAAACUUUGUCCCACCCCGGAGCAAUCCAUACGUUCUGCCCUGGGCUCUUCAUGACCUGUUCACCCAGCUUGAGAAUCAGCCAGAGUUUACGCAUACUAUCGAUCGACUCAAACAAGAAUAUGCUUCCUGGAAGCCCGAGGCCAAAAACCUCAAAGAUUUAAAGUAUCGAAUGGGUGCUUUGAAGCGAGCUAAAUUAUAA